CUUCUCACUGCCCCCUUACCCUCCUCUCCAGAGGCGCCGAAGGUGCAGGUGUACUCCCGCAAACAUGCCUCCUUCGGAGAGGAAAACGUCCUCAACUGCUUCGUGAGUGGUUUCCACCCUCCGAAGAUUGAGAUCGCCCUCCUCAAGAACGGGGAACCCAUGAGUGGUGUGAAGUACACGGACAUGUCCUUCAACGAGAAGUGGUUUUUUGAGCGCUUGGCGUAUGCGCCGUUCACCCCCCAGAAGGGCGAUGUCUACACUUGCAGGGUGACCCACUCUGCCUUCAAAGAGCCACAGUCUUUCAGAUGGGAUGCGGACUUCUAA